UCAGCUGUUUCCUAUUUGGAGUGCGGAAAUACGUCGAUGUGUUUAUGAACAUUACGCCGUUCCAUGGGCAAACUAAUAGUUAUGUGAGUGGCUAGGCCGCAAUCACAACGCAACGCUGUGUACCUCAGAUUUCUCGUUGGCCUGGAUAAGUUGGCUCGUAUAGCUCUGCGGUCGCAGAAUCGCAUUGCACAAAACCGCAGCUCGUUGGCCUCCUGUGGAAAUCAUUUCAAGCGCCACUGCAGCAUUUCUGGGACAGGAAACCAGGAAAGCCGGAAUAUGCUAAGCCAACUACCUCUCUACGCUGGCGGUGAGAUUGUCCGGGGAUUUGGACGCGGCUCCAAAGAGCUGGGCAUUCCAACAGCAAACUUUCCACUGGAGGUGGUGAAAUCUCUGCCGGAAUCCCUGCCCACGGGCGCGUACUACGGCUGGGCGAAUGUUGACAACGGACCCGUAUACAAGAUGGUUCUUAGCAUCGGCUGGAAUCCCUUCUACAACAACAAGGAGAAGAGCGUGGAGACGCACAUGUUGCAUGAGUUCAACUGCGACCUGUACGGCCAGAUACUCAAAAUCUGCAUUGUGGGCUAUUUGCGACCGGAGCGUAGUUUCGACUCCCUUGAAUCCCUAAUAGCCGCCAUUCAGGACGAUAUCGCAACGGCUAAGAAACUAUUGGACGAGGCCGAUAAGGCCAAGCUGAAAGAGGCUCCAUUCUUCGUCGAGAAGCUCUGACAGAGAGGUUAAAAUGAUUAUUCCAGAAGCUAUCUUAUCACUUAAUUAGCACGAUGUACAUAGCAGAAUUCGAAUAUCGACCCAAGUACUUAAGCUGGCAGUUUGCAUUAAAUUCCUCUUCCCUCAUCAUGACACCAAAAAUCAAUAAUUGUUUAUAUUUUUUGGCUAUGAUUCCCAGCUAAGAUUAUUAAUCAUGAUUUCCUGGAUAAUGGCUGGGUGUUUAGCAAGCCAAUGGCAGUAUGAUUCGGUGGCUAUGUGAUUAAAGAAAAUCAUUUGUAUA